GACAAAACUAAAAAGCAAAUUAUACCACAAGAUUUGUAUAAUGCUUUCAAUCAGAAUAAAGAUAAAUAUGGAAAUGACAUUGAAGCUGCCAUACAACUGUUAAAAACUAAAUAUGAAGCAAAAGUUGAAAUUCUAAAGGAGAAUUCAGAAUUUCAGGGUAUGUACUUUUCAAUUCCAGAAAUGAGGCAGAAUAUGAGUAAAUACCCUGAAGUAGUGUGUGUAGAUUCUACAUACUAGAUUUUCAACUUAAGAUUUUCUCUGAUGCUUUUUGUUAUUGAAGAUGGGGAAGGACGAAGUCAGAUUGUAGGAGUAGGCAUUUUAGUUAGCGAAUUUCGACCUAUAGUAAAAUGGUUGAUGGAAUGCUUCAAAGAAGAUAAUUUAGAAGCUGUCCAAAAGACACGUGGUUUUAUCAGUGACAAGGAUCUAACUGAGAGAUCUGUUAUUCGAGAACUUUUUGAUUGGGCGAGAUUAUUUAUCUGUCAAUUUCACACGUUAAGAAUAUUUGGCAGGGAAAUAUGCCCAACAAAAAUGAAAAUCACUAAAGAAGAAAAAGAGAAUGCUCUUCGGUGCUUGGAUAGUAUGGUCAAAAGUUCGUGCCAAAUGGAUUAUGACAAUGCUCAUUCAAAAUUCAUUUCGACUGCUCCUAAAGUUAUACAAGAUUAUUUUAUCAAAAAUUGGCAGGAUAUUACUGACGAAUGGGUAAAAUUUAAGAUUUUCAACUUGAAUUUCAAAAAUUUAACUAAUAACAGGAUUGAAUCUCUAAAUGGAAAGCUAAAAUAUGAGAUUGGGUUAUACAAUUCAUUGACAGAGUUUAUUAAAAAUUGUUUUAAAUGGGCCAAUUAUAGAUUAAAAUGUAAUAGAUUAAAAGAUAUUCAGGAUGUAUUAAGAAUUAAUCCCAAUGACGUUGUAAUCACAGACUUUGAAAAAGCCAAAGUUUUAUACAAGGAAUGCUUAACUCACUAUGCUUAUAAAGUAGUUCUAGAACAGUUUGAAUAUUUUGAAUUCAUGACAUUGCUAAAUUUUGAUGCUGUAUCACAAACAUGUACUGCUAUAUGUCGCAAAGAAGAAAUUUAUAUCACUCCAUAUACAUGCACUUGUUUUGAAAUGACCAGUAUGGGAUUACCAUGUCGUCAUAUUCUAGCUAUACGUUUAGCUUUGAAAAUGUCUCUUUUUUGUAGACAUCUGUUUGGAGAGAUGGUUAAAAAGUUCAGAAAACAAGCGUCUUUCAAAAAGUUUUGAAUCAUCGCCAAAUCUAAACACAUUUUUUGGACAAUCACCAAGACCGAAUACAUCUUUAGUACAAUCACCAAGACCGAACAUAUCUUUAGUACAAUCAUCAAGACCAAACACAGUUAAGCCCUCGGUUAAAGCUAUUGAGAAAAAAUCGUCAUCAAGUAGUAGAAACCGUAUUAAGAAUGCAAAUAAAAAGGAUACAACUGAAACUGUAAUUAAAAAAGUCAACACUCCAAGUCGGUUAACCAUUGGAGAAAAAAGGCGGAGGUUAAAAGUAAUAAUGGAUGAAUUGAUGGAGGUAAUUACUGAACAAUCAGAUCUAAUGUACCAUUUAAGCUCAGCAACUAUGAAAAAUCUACUAGAACAUUACAAGGGGCUUGGUUGGAGGGCGCGAGAGCGCCAACACGUGUCUCGAGCGAGACCGACAGUUUCGGUAGUUUUUGAGUGGGAAGAAGGGGAGAAAAAAUAAAAAGCAAGCAAAAAAGGAGGAAAGAUAAAGUGUAAGAAGAAGUGUGUGAAAGAAGCAAGAAGAAAAAGUGAAUAGGAAAAGAAAAAGAGAGGAAGAACAGGAAAGCGGGCACAAAAGGUUAGAAAGCCACGAGUGUCAUGGCGGACGGUAAACCGAAAGGAGCGGGAAACAGCGGAGAGAAGAGCGCGGCGAGCAAAGAUAAGGAGGAGAAGAAAAAAGUAAUAACAAGACAGUCAACUUUAGAAGGCUUAGUAGGAGGAAGAAAAGUGACGUUCAAAGACGAGGCGGAAGUGAAGAAAGUGUGGGAUGAAUUAGGAGCAAUGAAAGAACAGAACAAGAAAAUAAAGGAGAAAAUCGCGAAAGAAGGAAAGGAAAGAGAUAUAGAGAUGAGGAAAAUAGAAAGUGUAGUGAGAGAGCUGAAAGAAGAAUUGAAAAGUGGAAAGGAAAAGAUGGAGGCCAUGGAAGAGAAGGUGGAAAGUUUGGAGAGCACGGUAGCGGAGUUGAACGAGAGGCUAACGGCGGCAACGGAGAGGCAGGCGGAGACAUCAGCCGAGACGGGAGAGUAGCCGUUCGACGCCGGAGCAACAGAGGGGGCGAGAGGCUCCACUUGGAGCUUAAGGAGCGGGACGAGCAUGCGGUCGAUGCGCAGCGGCAGAAGCACAGCACGAAGCGGCAGCAGCUGGGGCACCGGUGCGUCAGAUGCGUUCUCAGGGAGAGAGGUGAGUUUGAUGAAAAAGAUGUUAUAUAAUAAGGAUAGGGCGGAAAGAGCGUGCAACAUCGUAGUGAAAGGGUUGGCCGAACACAUGGUAGAAUUAGAAAGGUUGAUAGGAAAGAAAGAUGAGAUGAAGAAUUGGGUAGAAAAAUUAAUAGAGGAAAAAUUAGGAACAGAAGUAAAAGU